AUAUAUAUUUAUAAAGCGCCAUGGGAUCCCGUCAACGCCGCUGUACUUUCGUACCGUCUGCGCACACAGGAAGGAAAAUUUUGUUCUCCGUUCAUCAUCAAUGGCCGAGAUUGAACUGAAGACUGCUCCAGCUGAUUUUCGAUUCCCUACAACAAACCAGACUAGGCAUUGUUUCACACGCUACGUUGAGUUUCACAGGUGCGUGGGUGCUAAAGGUGAGGAUUCUGGUGACUGUGAGAAAUUCGCUAGGUACUAUCGGGCACUUUGCCCAGGUGAAUGGGUUGAAAAAUGGAAUGAACAGAGGGAGAAUGGGACUUUCCCAGGGCCACUUUAACUUGAUGUGGAUUUAGACAAUGCUCAUCUUCUUCUGAAAUUUGGCAUUUUGGUUUCCUUUUGAAUGUCAAUGGAUUAAUAAGCAUUCUUGGACUGUCUUCUUAGAAACCUCUCUCUCAUUGUUUCUGAAAAGCUUUCUUGGUUUGGGAGUUCUAAAACAGUUCAAUGUUGUUGCUCUCUUUUCUCAGAACUAUUGGCUUCUAGUAUAUAAAGAUUCUUUGUUUUUGUUUUC